AGUUUUUAUUCUUAAAUGUCUAACAAAAUCUAAUCUCUUAAAAUUUCUUUAGCUUAUUAUGCACUGGUAAAUCCAUUAUAAAUAUCAUAUCUAGCCAAUAUUUAUAUUAUAGUCAAACCUGUAUUAGGGGGCACAGUAUUAAGCAAUCACUCUUAUUUUCAUCUCUAUUAAUUAAGCAGUCGCCCUUUACUGAAUACUGAUGGCUUGUUUGUAUGCUCUUCCACCUGAACAGUCACUUAAAGUGGAACCUCUCAAGUAAUACUAGGAAUAAUCUUUCUAGGAAAAUUUAAUCCUUGUUUAUCUCCUAAAAUCAAUGUAUUGUUUUUGAGCAAUUGUUUUGGAAUGGGACAAGAUGGCAUUUUUUAUAACACCCUAUUAUGUGGAACCUGUUUUAGUCAAGCGGUCACUUUGUCAUUCCCGGUGGGUGACUGCCUAACACAGGUUCAACUGUAGUCUGUUUAUAGUCUGAGUCUUGAGUGCAUAAGUCAAAGUGGCUUAAACAGCUGUUACUUAUUCACUGAGAUCUUCACCAAGUGUGUCUAUGAAAUAGCUCUGUGUACUUCAAGAGAUUGAUCUCCUUUCAUUUAUUGAGAUACUACAUGGUAAUCUUGCCCAAAUAUCCAUUAACAUAUUGCUUUCUUUUUUUAUUUAAGACUGUGACUCUAGUUGGCAUGUGGUUAAUUCCUCUUUACUUCAACAUUCAACUCAAGUUCUGGCGCAUGUUGUGUGCCUGGGCUUUGUUCUCUGUUUUAACUGGUUUUAUUGUUUUCAAGUCCACACGAAAACCAGUUGCACCAAGUACACCUAGACUAGUUUACAAGUGGUUUCUCCUUGUGCACAAAGUAACCUAUGGCCUGGGAAUAUUAGGCUACAUGAUAGUUUGUAUGACCAUGCUGGGAAUGAAUUUUAUGUUUGCAAUUAAGCCUGAUACUGCAAUGGAGUUUGGAGUGACAGUCUUGUUCUAUGGACUAUAUUUUGGAGUUCUUGGCAGAGAUUUUGCAGAGAUUUGUGCUGAUAAGAUUGCAUCAAAAUUAGGAUAUACAAGUAAAGGUGGUCUUCCGAGCAGAAGUCUAGAGACUAAUAUAUGUGCAGUAUGUGGCCAGGAGCUUGUGUUGCGUAGCGAUGAAGAUGAUGACGAUGGGCCUGAGAAAACUUAUAAACUUACAUGUGGUCAUUUAUUUCACGAGUUCUGUAUUCGAGGCUGGUGUAUUGUUGGAAAGAAACAAACCUGUCCUUACUGUAAGGAGAAAGUGGACCUCAAGAGAAUGUUCUGCAACCCGUGGGAGCGCCCUCACGUCCUAUUUGGACAGGUGUUGGACUGGAUCCGAUAUCUGGUCGUAUGGCAACCCAUAAUAAUAGUUGUAGUUCAGAUAAUUAUUUAUUGUUUAGGAUUGGAGUAGCUUCGGCUACUGAUGCUUCAGAGAAUGGUUUAAUGUAACGAAAAAAUGACAUAAACUCAUUGUAAAACAAAGUUUUAUUUUCCCAAAUUCAGACAGCAGUUGGAGAAAUGCCCAAAUGUUUGUCUAGUCUCGUGUUAUUUGAAGAGAUUUUUAAUGCUUAAAAUGAUGAUUUCGUUCGUACUUUGGUUGUCGAACCCGUAAAUGUAUUAAUCUCACGAAAUAAACCCCUAAUUCUUUCGUUCAAAAAGAGUAUGAAGAGUCAUUUUUAAAUUCUUGCUACAGUCUUUUCUCCUCAGUUUCACCGCAGAGUUUACGUUUCAAUGGUUCUUUCAUUCACGACUUGAACAAUGUUACCGAUUUUUAUUCCGCUAACAACUUCGCUAGCCUUAUUAAAUCACAGGUACAAUACUGUUUUAAAAUUAAUAUAUCCGGAAGUUGCGAAUAUCUUCUGAGACCUGCCACGGUAGGAGUUGGAUUGCUAAUAACCUUCUGGGUUAUUGUUUUGUCCUGACCAGUUUUCUAAAAGUAACAAUCAGUUAUCAUUGGCCAUUGGUGUCACCAUUUCACCUCUGAUUAGCUGGCUAAAAGAACACAGCUUUUACUCUCUAGCACUGUUUUCGUUACACUAGUAAACACUAAUUUAAAGUUUUAUCGCAAAUGAAGCAGUUUAAGGCUGGAUUACGGCAAAAAAAUGUCAAUGUUGUUAAAGGAUAAAUGGAUCGUCCGCUUUGAAUUAUUAUUAAACAAUCAAAUAAUCCCCCGCUUCUUCUUCAUUUCUAAAUUUCAAUCUGCAUUUCUCAAUUAUUUUUAACAAAUUCCAAAUUAAGUCGAUUGCUAGAGAUGUUGCAAUCCUACUUUUAUCAGAAUGUUGCUUUUUCGCAAAUGAACCUUUCAUCUUAACAAUAGUUGUCCUGUAUGCAAAGUAAAACUUUUUAUCCCAAUACGGUCUUGGCAGGCUUAUGAGAGUCUCUAAGGCAUUUUUUUUGUUUUAUCCCUCUUCGGCUUUGGGGGAAGGCAGAGACCACGGCCUUUAUAAUCCUAAAAAUUAUUUUGAACCUCAUCGAGUCUUAAUCCAAUAAAUAUGUUUCUUGCCAUCUGAAUGUUAAAAAAUAAAAACUAUGAGACUCACAGACAUAGACCUCGGCCUUUGUAAUACUCAAAGUUAUUCUUAACCUCAUCGAGUCUAAAUCCGAUAAAUACGUUUCCUGCCAUCUGAAUGUUAAAAAUAAAAACUUAGAAUCGCAGUUGGCAGGCAAACUGAGUAAUUCACAUCUCCGUUUGAAAAUGGAUACGACGGUGUAACAAAAAACUUAUUUUGAUUAGUAGACAUAAUAACCUCGCAUAUUGAAUUUAUAUUUGUGCGUGGAGGAAAUAGUUAUAGAAUUUCUCGCAAUAGUGUCUGUAAAUAAAUUAAAAGUACACUU